AUUUUCACCUGUCAUGUGAAUUAUUAUCUGAAAUUAAUGUAAAUUAAAAAGUUGUCAUAAAUUAAAAUCAGCAUAAUGUCUUUUCUUAGACCAAUUCGAAAGCUGAUUCUUGAUACCAAAUGUAUUUAUAUUUCUAGAGGUGUAACUUUUCAUAACACAUCGAGAAAUCUUACUUCGAGAAGUUUAUAUUACAGCGAAUUUGGUGAUCCAGUUGAUGUUGUGAAAUUCCGGGAAGUGGAGGUUCCACCGCUUAAAAGUCAGGAAGUUCUCGUUCGAAUGCUAGCAGCACCGGUCAACCCGGCAGACAUUAACACUAUACAAGGAAAGUACCCUGUGAAAAUUGAACUACCUAUUAUACCAGGAAAUGAGGGUGUAGGGGUUAUUGAAGAUAUUGGCAAAGAAGUAUCAGGUAUGUGCCCGGGAGACAAAGUCAUCAUCACUAAACCCACAAAAGGCACAUGGCGUGAUAUAGGUAUUUUUGAAAAAGAUGUAUUGCGAGUAAUCCCAAAGAAUUUGGGAUUAAUUGAAGCUGCAACACUUACAGUUAACCCUUGUACCGCAUAUAGAAUGCUCUCAGAUUUUAAACCUGUGAAGGAUGGUCUUGUUGUGGUACAAAAUGGUGCCAACAGUGCUUGUGGGCAAAAUGUUAUACAAAUUUGCAAAGCAUGGGGGAUAAAAAAUAUAAAUAUUGUUAGGAACAGACCAGAAAUUAAUGAUUUGAAGAAAUAUUUAGAAGGCUUAGGAGCUACAAUGGUACUAACUGAAGAAGAAUUACGUACUACUAAUAUAUUUAAGGAAAAAGUAGUAGAUAGACCAGCAUUAGCGUUAAACUGUGUAGGUGGAAAAAGUGCUUUAGAAUUAACCAGACAUUUAGAAAAGUCUGGUGUUAUGGUCACAUAUGGUGCCAUGUCUAGGGAAGCACUCAACAUUCCUAAUGCAGCACUUAUUUUUAAAAACAUUUCUUUUCAUGGAUUUUGGAUGACUGCAUGGAAUGAAAGAGCUUCUGCGGCUGAAAAAGAGACAAUGAUGAAAGAUAUUAUUACCUUAAUGUGUGAGAAGAAGCUGAAAGGUCCAGUCACUAAAAUGGUAAAAUUCAAUGACUAUAAAGAAGCUUUAGCAAAUGCUCUCACAACCCAGGGCUUUACUGGUUGUAGAAACUUACGCUUACCACGUUUGCCCUGUGUGCCAGGAGAUGAAGGUGUUGGAGUAGUAGUUGAAAUAGGUAACAAAGUUUGCACUGUAGAACCUGAUGAGAGAGUUGUAAUAACUUCAAGACUCCUUGGAACCUGGCAGUACUAUGGUAUAUACCACGAGAGAGAUAUCCAUGUUAUAUCCCCUAACAUUCCCCUCCCAGAAGCUUCCAUGUUGACUAUUGCUCCUUGUAUGGCCUAUAGAAUGCUUAAAGAUUUCAGAAAAAUCCAACCGGGUCAAACUGUUAUACAAAACGCUGCAAACAGUGCCUGCGGACAGUGUUUAAUACAGCUCUGUAAAGCUUGGGACAUAAAGACAUUUAAUAUUGUCGCAAAUCAUUGCAAUUAUGAAUCUGUUAAAAAGCAUCUUUUAAGUUUAGGUGCAACAGCAGUACAUACUCUCGAAGAGGCAGAGGAACUAACAACGUUUAAUACUUCUUUAACAAGACCAGUUUUAGGUUUAAACUGUUUGGGUGGACGUUUUGAAGAUGUUAUGUUAAAACUUCUUGAAAAAAACGGUACCAUAGUGUAUUACGGAUCUGCAUUUGAUAUACCUAUUGUAAAACAUGUUUUACGUUGUGAUGUAUCUUUUAAUAGAUUUCAUCUUUGUCACUGGGAUGCACAUGCCAGUGUCAUAGAAAAAGAUGCAAUGAUGAAUAAUAUUAUUACUUUGAUGGUCACUGGUAAAUUUAAAGCACCCACAUACCAGCCACUGGAACUUAAAAAUUAUGUACAUGCUUUUAAACAUACAGUUAAUUGUGAAGCCUUUUCUAAUAACAAUUAUGUGUUUGAUUUUAUCUUAACAUAAACGACAAAAUAUUA